AUGAAGGUAUCAUGGCACCCCGCCACCCUGAAGGAAACCCUUCAAUGUGCAUCCCACCCUCAAUCAAUCUCAUUUAGUCGACAGCGAGUCAUCAACAUCCGCCCUCGAAACUUUACCACUUCCACGAGACUACAAGCUGGCAUUGCUGCCGCGGAGAUCGAUUUUGGAGGUCGAACUGGCAAAGAAAAAGAGCCACCAUUCUAUGCCCGACUCGUUCCCACUUCUGCUUCAUAUUUCACGGCGCAGCCCUUGUUUACAGACGAUCUCCUUGCCGUCCAAACACUUGUUGAACGAUACAGCAACCUUCCUACUGUCAAGCCAGGUGAAGCGCCUCGUGUAGCAUGGAGACCCUUAGCAGAUUACCGAGAUUCUGUGGGGGAGGUGGUUCAGGCUUCGAAAUAUUCCAAGAUCAUACAUGCUUUACAGCGGCUCAAUCACAUCCAAGCAUCCCUUAUGCCAGAGCCAGUAAAGGAUGCGUUGAAUGCAUACAAGAGGAACGUGAAUCCAUUUCGGAAUGUGGUGAAGGUUGCACCUAUAGACAAACUAGGAAGGUCGCUGGGUGCUGGAAGAAGAAAAGCAUCCACUGCAAGGGCUUGGCUUGUUGAGGGCACUGGAGAGGUUUUGGUCAAUGGGAAAUCUCUGGUGGACGCGUUUGGGAGAGUUCAUGAUAGAGAAAGUGUCAUAUGGGCAUUGAAAGCUACGGACAGGAUUGACAAAUACAACGUCUGGGCUCUUGCAAAUGGUGGUGGAACAACAGGUCAGGCUGAAGCUCUGACUUUAGCGGUUGGCAAGGCGUUAAUGGCACAUGAGCCUGCGUUGAAGCCAGCAUUACGGCGAGCCGGAUGUGUAACUCGCGAUCCAAGACGGGUGGAAAGAAAGAAGCCAGGUCAUGUCAAAGCGAGGAAGAUGCCGGCCUGGGUCAAGAGAUAG